UCUUUGACUGCGUUAUUUAAAAAGAUCAGACUCUCAAAAACGAUUCAUCAGGGCAUUUAAUUUUAUCUACGGCGUGAUAAACAUAAUUUGCUCACAAAAAUAACAUAUUAUAAAUCAGUGUAUGCGAAAUAAAUGUUAAAAAACGUUUUAGUUUUUAUAUUUGCGUAAGUGUAAUUUGGACAAUAAAGUAUUAAAAGACUAUUUAAAGACUAUUUAAUAUGUUAAGAAUCAAUCGGGUUUCUGAACUCGUGGGAUCUCGACGGAACAACCCGGAAGAAGAUACUGGAAUACCGUAAUGUUUGGAAAACAACGCGGGAGAAAAGUAAACAGUGAUGGAGAGUUGCGUCCGUUGCUUAGACACUCUUGAAAUCAUGAACACGUCAGUGGUUAGCAACAGCUAACAACCCCUAAAAAUAUCGUGUGAAAUGUUUCAGAGUUACAUAAGUGAAGGAGAUCGCGUUUAACUGCGACAAUUUUUUUUUUUUGGCCUGUAUUUUUCUAAAGUUAUAUUCGUUUAUAAUCGUCUGGCAACAAUCACACACAGCACCUGCGGCAUCAAUAAUCAAUCAACUGGAGAUCAGCAGAUUAUUUGUGAGCUAAAGUUAACCGAUCUCAGGUAGACUGACUGUGUUCCUCUGCUCAGACAGGCAGUUGGAGACGUCCACCUGAGGGCCAGAAACUGCUAGAGGAGGCUCCUGUUUGAGUUCGAUCAGAUGUCGUUCUGCCUGGCGGAGUUGUAUUUGUGGUCCUUCAGAAACAGCCUGCAAGUCCCAGAUACAGAUAUUGGCACAUACCAACUCUAUGAAAAAGGAGAACCAGCCUCUCCUACAGAUCAGCAUUACUACAAUGAGAAACAGCAGUUUGCAGACAGUCGGGGUUACCCUUGGUUCCUUAGUAACCGUCGUCCGGAGAAGCUGCGUGAUGCCCUAAUGGAACUAGAGGAGCUGCUGCAGUCAUGCCCGGUCAUGAGUGUCAGAUGGAGAAGCAAACAGUGCUGUCAGCUGCUGUUGAGAUCAGGUGUGUUGGUGACCCUUAUCCUGGGCGGAGCUCAGGUUGAACGAGUGGCCAUCGACAGAACGCUGGUGGGGGGCGACUACCUGCUGACACCAUCAUAUGUUUCGCUCACUGCUCAUUUUUCCCACUCCAGCAUGGGCCUGGGCGGCAUGCACACCCACAGGUCACAAACGUCAGUCCAUUCUGUUUCUCCCUCUUCCGUUACUCCCAAUGGAAGUUUGAAAGGCACGAACAAAUGCACAUGCACAUCGGUGAUUGUGCGAUCGCUUCCUGCUAUUCACACUUUUGAUGGAGAGGAGUCAGGUGUGUCAGGUUUACCUGAACAGGAAGAACCAGAGCUCACCUGA